CGGCGAGCGAGCGAGAGCGACCAUGGAUUCGAUCAUGGAGCCCUACGUCGCCGACCUUCUCGCUGACGACAUAACGGCCUCGAUGGUCGAGCUCUUGUCCGGCGACGGCGGCGCGGCGCAGAUGGAUGUCGGGGUUCUUGACGCGUACCUCCGCGCCAUCGGCGCGCUCCCGGCGCAUCCAGCGGCGCCCGGCGCCGACCUGGCCGCCGCCGCCGAGGUGGAGUCCAUGGCAUCGAAUGAUGACACCAACGGCAACUGGGACACGAAGGUGGAUGCCAAGGUGCCCUCUGCUUUUCUUCCGCCGCCGCCGGGCUUUCCUCCGCUUCCCGUUCCAGCGCUGGCCGACGAGCCCGUGUACGCCGCUCCCGUCGACGAAGGCGACGCUAUCAGGGCGUUCAUGCAGCAGCUGGAGUGGAGCGAGCAGUACAACGGCGACGACGACGCUCCGGCCCCCGACGACUCCAUGGCGUCGCGCCCGCAGCUGUGCGCGCCCUACGACGACGACAUCGACGCCAACCUCCGUGCCAUGGAGAAGGACGCCGCCGAGCGCCCGUCGCCGGACUACCUCGACACGGUGCACAACGGUCAGAUCAGCGCGGCGUCACGCGCCUCCCUCGUCGCCUGGAUGGGGAGGCUCACCCACCGCUACGAGCUCGCCGCCGGCACGCUCCACCGCGCCGUGUCCUACUUCGACCGGUUCCUGUCCGCGAGAGCCCUGCCGAGCUACACCGAGCACCAGCUCAGCCUCGUCGGCGCCACGGCCGUGUACACGGCGGCCAAGUACGAGGACCAGGGGACGGUCUUCAAGCUGGACGCCAGGGAGAUCGCCAGCUACGGCGAGUUCGCGUCGGCGCAGGAGGUGCUCGCGAUGGAGAGGGAGAUGAUGGCGGCACUGGGCUAUCGGCUGGGCGGCCCGAACGCGGAGACGUUCGUGGAGCACUUCACCCGGUACAGCAAGGGGAAGGAGGAGCUGCGCGUGCAGCGGCUGGCGCGCCACAUCGCCGACCGGUCGCUGGAGAGCUACGGCUGCCUGGGCUACCUGCCGUCCGUGGUGGCAGCGGCGGUGAUCUCCAUCGCGAGGUGGACGCUGAACCCGCCGGGCGCGCUGCCGUGGAGCUCGGAGCUGCACGAGCUGACGGGGUAUAGCUCUCAGGAUAUCUCCAGCUGCGUCCUCACCGUGCUCAACACGCAGUGAUCAGCCGGUGAUGGAUGGAUAAUAGUUACAAGAA